GUGACAAUUAUAAUCAAACAAUUGAUAGUUUUAUCUAUCUGUGCGGUGGUUGGGAUGGCCGCACAUAUUUGUCUCAAUGUUAUAAAUCAAAUAAUAUCAAACAAACAAAAAAUGUUUGGCAAUCAAUACAAUCAAUGUCUAGUAAACGGUAUUUAUUUAGUUGUGUUUCAUACGAUUCCUUAUUGUAUGCAAUCGGUGGCAAAAAUGAUACAUAUUUGAAUACUGUUGAAACAUAUGAUCCAAAAACAAAUAUAUGGAAAUCUAUUGAAUCAAUGAAUAUUGAACGCAAUGAGCAUGAUGCAACUGUAAUUCAAAAUACAUUAUACGUAUGCGGUGGUUCAAAUGAAAUAUAUAUUUUAAAUUCUUGUGAAUAUUAUUCACAAAAUACUAAUAAGUGGUCAAUGACUACACCAAUGAAUUCAAAAAGACGUGGUCUGGCACUGGUAGCACACAAUGGCUAUAUGUAUGCUAUCGGAGGUAAUAAUGGUAUCGAAGUUUUCAAUACAAUGGAAAGAUUUGAUACAACUACUAAACAAUGGCAACCAAUGGCUAAUAUGAGUUAUACUAGAGGUUAUUUUGGUUCAACAAUAUUUAUGGAUAAAAUAUAUGUUUGCGGCGGUUAUAAUAGUAGUAAUGAAAAAACAUGCGAAACAUAUGAUCCACUGACAAAUCAAUGGACACAAAUUGCAUCAAUGCUAUCAGAUAGAGAUAAUUUUCAAUUGAUUACAUUUAAUCAACAAUUAUAUGCAAUGGGAGGUGUAUUUGGUAAACCAGAUACGGUUGAAAUAUAUGAUUAUAAAUCAAAUCAAUGGUCGUAUAGCCAAUCGUUGCCAAUACAUGCUUACGAUUUUGGGGCAACUGUUAUUUAG